AUGAACAUUUCAGAAAAUGAUAUGCAUUAGUUGAUACAAUCAGUUAAUAAAAGAUCAAUGUUUAAAACUCAAUAUGACAUAGAAUUCAUUCAUUCUAAAUUGAGAGAUUUUACAUUCUUUAGAAAUAUGAAUAGAGAAAUUGGAGAUUCACAAUAUUAUAAAAUUCUAAAAGAACUACAAUAUGAAUGUCCUAUUCCUUAUGAACCAUUAGUGAAUAUUGGAGAUUAAUGUUCUAAGUUUUACUUCAUACUUGCUGGUAGAUUUCUCAUCCUUACAAACAAUUAAAUAGCCAAUAUACAAUUACCAACUGAAAUGUAAGCAAGCUUAAUAAAUUUAAGAUAAAAGACUUUAGAAAAACUAUUUCCUAAUUAGAUUCCACAAGGGUAUUUAUCAAUAGGGCAAUAUUUUGGAGAAUAAGUUAUGAUGUUUGAUUAAUAACAUACUUAAACUAUAUUACCACUUGAGAAAUCUCAUCUUCUAGUCAUCAAACGAGAAACAUAUAGAAGGAUUAUUGGUAAAUAAUAAUAUUCAUAGGUUUAGAUUUAGAAACAAAAAAGAAAGAAUCAGAAAGGUUUUCUAAUCUAAGUACCAUUCCACUCUUUUAGAAAUGGAGUGCUAAAACUGUAAAGAUGUUAUCCUCUGAAAUCUAAGAAUUGAACUUUAUUCCUAAUCAAAUAAUCUAUCAUCAAGGAGAUCCCGUUGAUUCAGUCUAUAUUAUUAUUGAUGGAUAAAUCUAAUUAUUUAGAACAUCAAAUAAAAAUUAAUUGCCACUUUCAAUUCUUGGCUGUAAGGAAAGCUUUGGAGAUGAUGAAAUACUUACUUAAUUUAGAACUCACUCAGCUAAAAGUCUUACAAGUGUUAAACUCUAUAGGAUUUUAAAAAAACCAUUUUUGGAUCUUAUCCCCUUUGAUUAUUCUAAUAAAUAUUUCAAAAAAGAUACACAUCUCAAAUUGAAUUUAAAUUAAAAUGAAGAUUAUUCUAGAAUUUAUAGAUCAGAAUCUUUAAAAGCUAUCAAAUCUCCAGCUAAGUUAUUGUAAAGAAUUAUGAGGAAAAGUUAAGAUAAAAAUAAAACUCAUUAAUCCAUUUCAUUUUAGUAAAUCCAUGAUUUUACAAGAAAAGAUAUCCGUUAUUCGAAUACUCCAACUGUUUUAUAGAAAUCUAGCAGUGUACAUGAAUAAAUUAGAAUACAUGCAAACGGUAAAUUCGAUAAAACUACUUAUUUGUUAAAUCAAAUCAAACUAAGAUCAACUAAUGUCUGGAAAAAAACUAAAUGA